AAAAUACACACACUGUAACUGUUCACUUUGUUUCUGCUACAUAUACCUACACUUACACAACCGGACACUCUUCGAGCUGGAAAGAUUCCCUCCUUGUGCUCCUUCUUUACCCCUUCAUUUUUCUCGAGAAACAAACACUAUACCCAUCUUUCAUGUUUUCUUCUUUUUAUCUUUUUCACUGAAUUUUCUUUCUGUCUUUCUGAUGCUCAUGUUUUGUUAUUCUUGGCCUUCUCUGGUGUCAACAUUUUAAAGCUUUUUUUUUUUUUUAAUAAGAAGGCCCUAAUGGGUUGUACGAAUUCGAAGCUCGACGAUCUGCCUGCCGUGGCGCUCUGUCGGAACCGUUGUGGGUUUCUUGAUGAAGCGAUACAGCAGCGUUACCUUUUGGCGGAAACACAUGUUCAUUAUGUUCACUCGUUGGAACAGAUGGGUCAUUCUUUGCGCCAUUUUAUUAAUCAAGGAGGUGUUGGCGGUGGCGGUGGAGAUUCGCCGACGCUGAAUUUGCCUCCGGCGAAGAAAGGUGGAGAUGCCGUUGGGAUUAGUGUUAAGGAACCACCAUCAUUGCCUUCUGCUAAAGUUGGAGGAGCUUAUCAUUCUCACUCGAAUCCUGGUGAUGGUCACAUUCAGUUUGUUUCGGAUCCGGAUGAUGACGAUGAGAAGUCGGGUUCGGGUAAUUCUUCGCCUUUAAAUGAUCAUGAUCAUGACUUUGAUCAUCAUGAUGGGUUUAAGCAUAUAGAUUACAGGAAUUCUUAUUAUACGGAUCGCGAAAUCCUGGGUGGAUUUUCACAAGGUGGAUUUACACAUACGAAUUACAUGAAAAAUCAACCAAAACCUCCAAUUGUUUUUGAACAGAAGCCAUAUAGUUCCGAGACUAUUCAGCACCAUUACGUUGGUGAAUCUUCUUCAGCUUCAACUUCAACUUCAUACUAUCCUCCUCAUGCUUAUCCAUAUUCCAAUAGUUUAAGUUCUAGUUAUUUCCCACCCAGUUAUGGCUAUGGUGUUGCUGGUGGUCCUGGUCCUAGUGGUGCUGGUGGUUAUUAUGGUCUAGCACCACCUGGUUAUGGGUCUCCGCAGAGGGCAGAGGCUGUGGCUUCAUCGUCAAAACCACCACCGCCUCCUCCUUCCCCACCACAGUUUUCGGCGUGGGAUUUUUUGAACCCUUUUGAGAGUUAUGAUAAGUUCUACCCAUCUUACGCUCUAAGUAUGGAUUCAAAGGAAUUGAGAGAAAAAGAGGGAAUUCCUGAUUUGGAAGAGGAGGAUUAUUCUCAUGAGGUAAAGAAAGUACAUGUGGAGGAGAAGUUUGUUGACGGCAGUGGUGGCGGCGGCAGUGGCGGAGGAGGUGGAGGCGGUGUUGGUGGUGCGGAGUCUUCUUUGCAUCAGACAAGGCCUAGUGUGGAUAAUGAAGGUGUGGAGUAUGAGGUGCAUGUGGUGGACCAGAAGGUUGUGGAUGAAGAGAGGAAUGAAGAGCAUGGCGGCGCAGCUAGAGCUGGUCCACGCGAUGUUUUUGAUGUAGCAAGAGAACUUGAGGUUCAAUUUGUGAGAGCUUCUGAGUCUGGAACUGAAAUUGCUGAGCUGCUUGAGGUGGGAAAGCUUCCCUACCAGCGGAAACAUGUUUCCAAGAUGUUGCAUGUUGUUACACCUUCAUUGUCUGUGGUAUCCUCACCAUCAUUUACAUCUAGAAGUGCUGACUCAUCAUCCUCUGCCGACAAAGCUGACCCUGCUUUGCUAGAUAUUGAUAAAGAUAUGACGAGAAAUCUUUCUUCUACUUUGCACAAGCUGUAUCUUUGGGAGAAGAAACUCUAUCAUGAAGUGAAGAAUGAGGAAAAGAUGCGAGUAAUUCAUGACAGGAAGGUCCGUAAGCUGAAGCGCUUGGAUGAAAGGGGUGCGGAGGCCCACAAAGUUGAUUCAACUCGAACCUUAAUUAGGAAUUUGUCUAUAAAAAUAGGAAUGGCAAUUCAAGUUGUUGACAAGAUUUCUAUGACAAUUAACAAGAUUAGGGAUGAAGAGCUGUGGCCGCAGCUAAAUGAAUUAAUUCAAGGGUUAACCAGAAUGUGGAAAAGUAUGCUGGAAUGCCAUCAUAGUCAGUGUCAGUCAAUUAGAGAUGCCAAAGGUUUAGGUCUCGUUGGAUCUGGCAAGAAACUUGGUGAUUCACAUCUUGAUGCAACAUCACAGCUUGAACGUGAGGUUCUUAAUUGGAUUUUUAGAUUCUCUAGUUGGAUUGGUGCGCAGAAGGGUUAUGUCAGGGCCUUGAAUUGUUGGCUUAUGAAGUGUCUUCUGUAUGAACCUGAAGAAACAGCUGAUGGAAUAGCUCCCUUCUCACCGGGUAGGAUGGGUGCACCCCCUAUAUUUGUAAUUUGUAAUCAGUGGUCACAAGCUUUGGACAGAAUAUCUGAGAAGGAAGUGAUUGACUCUAUGCAAGUUCUUGCUAUGAUUGUGCUUCAACUUUGGGAACAUGAUAAGGAAGAACUGCGCCAGAAGAUGGAAGCAAAUAAGGAUUAUGAGAGGAAAGUUAGGAGCUUGGAUAGAGAGGGACAAAAGAUACAGAAGGAGAUCCAGGCGUUAGACAAGAAAAUUGUUCUGGUUUCUGGGGUUAGUAACAAUCAAUUGGGACAUAUUGUAUAUCAGAGUGACACUAGAACUAGUAGUCUUCAGGGUAGUUUGCAGCGUAUUUUUGAGGCCAUGGAGAGGUUCACAGGUGAAUCUGUGAAAGCUUAUGAAGAGCUCUUGAAGCGUACUGAAGAAGAAUUACAUGCUCGACAGAAUGAAAGGGUUUCAUAGGACUGUUUGAGAUAGAAUUAUGUCAUCUCAAACAUUGCUGAUUUGGUUAUCAUCUGCAGCUUGUAGUCCAGCCAUGACCUUAUAUGGUGCUUAGGAUCAAAGUCCAGGGUCACUAGUUCUUGUCCUUUAUCUCAAAUCCAGUUGCUUUGGCCCCUAUAUUUAUUAUCCUUUAGUAGGAUUUUAAAGACUUAUCUUUCGAGAAGACUUGGUUAUGUAUGAUGAAAGUGAAUAUCAGCUCUCGGCUCAGCUCUGUAACAUACUGGUGGCAAAAAAUUGGGAAGGAUUGAACUGCUAAUGUUGUAGAAAAUAUCUGCCGACCAAGCAGACAGUUCUGAUUCAUUUGGAUUUGAUCGAUGCAACUUGGCUAUGAUAUGUAGGUGGAAAGGGGAUAGACCUGCUGAUUUGAAACCAAAUGAAGCCACUUCCAUUGUAACGAACCAAACUCCAUUGCCGAUGCCAGACAAAAUGAGGGACAUUAUCAGCUUUGACUACAUUAUCUCCCGGUAUUGUAUUGAUAACCAUUCAUGCCCGAAAAUAGCAUAUGGGGUUCUCCACAAGCAUGCAACGAAAGGGAUGAUCAACUGAUAAAGGGCAGUUCAUUUGCCUGCAAAUGAACACGGCUGGAGGUGGAUGCACCUCUCGGCCAAAUAAUCCAAGUGAGGAAAUCCUGGUUUUGCAUUAAGAUGAGUUUGGAAUUAGAUUAUGGAGGUUGUUUCUCAGCAAGUCAUGGAAAUGCUUAGGAUUAGUAAAAUUUUUUCUUUCUUUUAAAUAUUGAUUUAUAUUCUACAGAAGACCUCAGUUACAAAGCAAUCUGAAACCACCCCAUGUUUGUUAUUACAAUGUAAACGCUGUUCUAGCAGUUCUGGUUUUAUGGAUUCCCUUAGCUGUAUCAGAACAAAAUUCCAGAAGACAUUUCAUAUUA